GGAGGGUGGGCGCUGGGGUUUCCCGGGGAGUACGCGGGGCAGAGCGCGUCCUGCCGGGCACCCGCCUCGGGACUCGGCCAGGCGCGCGGCUUUCCCGGAGCAACCUCAACUCGGGUUGGGAAGGAAAUGAAAGGCGUCAGAGAUGGUGACAGUUAUGCAUUCUUCCUAAAGUGAGAUUAUUUUGAAGUUAAACAACAAGAAGUUUGUUGUUCCUGACAAAAAAAAGAAUAAAUCCAACUCAAGUGAAAAUGUUUCUCAGUUUAAAUUUGUGUCAUCUUUGCACGUUAAUAAUGCUGUGUGCUAUGAUACCUGAGCCAUCCCUGUGUCAAAAUUGCUCAUUGGAGAAGAUGGAAAAUGUCAUAGUUGAUGUGAUGGCAUCUCUCAAAAAUGACAUCAAGGGGCUAGAGCCAGUAUAUACUUCAACACCAGAAGCUUGUAUUAAUGCUUGCUGCGUAGGAAAAAACAUAUCAGGAGACAAGAAAUGUAACUUGAUGAUUUUUGAUGCUAGAAGAAUAGGCAAGUAUCCAAACUGCUACCUCUUCUACUGCCCUAGUAGGGAAGCUUGUCCAAUGAAACCAGCUGAAGGAUUUGUGAGCUACAGGAUAAUUAGAGAUUCACAGAUUCUGAAAAAAAAUCCUUUCACAAAUAAGAACUUGCACUUUGCACGUGAUGACUCAAAUGGAGAAAAGCUUGUGAAGACACAAAAUGUUCCUCAAAUUCAGGCAAUACUCCUGAAUUCAACUGUCUCUCUGCAACAAUAUAUCACUUCCCGGAUGUCUGAAUUCAUGGACCAUGAAGUAGAAAAUUUAGAUAAUACUGAAUUGCACUCACAGUUUCCUCAAGACCAGGGGAAGAAAGCUCCUAAGAACUCAGAUUCUUUUCCAAGUGAAAAAAUGACUGACCUGUUGCCUCCUACCAAUGCUACUACUGCCCAUGCUGAACUUAACACCCCCACUGCCACUACCCAUGCUGCACCUAGCACUACCACCACUACCAAUACUACUGCCCCUGCUGAACCUACCACCACUAGUACCACUGCCACUACCUAUUCCCAACCUAGUACCACCUAUCCCAGUGCUACAGCUACUGCUUUUGGUAAAAUUGACCACAUGAUCAAAAAUCCUCAAACUACUACAGUGUCUGCACAGCUAGGGACAUCUGCUACCAAAAUAGAGCCAAAGACUGCCUUUGUUGCUGCCAAUAGCAUCUCCAGUCUCUUUUCUUUUUCAGGUGUUACUUUACCCAGUAAGGAAUCCACAGAUUCUUUUCAAAACACACACCAAACUAAGGGGGAACUUGCUUUAGAAGGCUACUUGUCAGAUGAUGUUUCACAAAGCAGUGCUGUCUCUCAUUUUGGUGAAAAGAGUAGCCUCAUCACAGCUUUAUUUUUUGGGUUGAUGUUCUUGUUAUUAGCUGUUACACUAAUAGGCAGAAGAAUGUCUGAAUCUUUUUGGAGAAGGCGCUAUACCAGGCUAGACUACUUGAUCAAUGGAAUGUAUGCUGACGUAUGAUUGCUUAGAAAAGUGAAAUAAUAAAUCACUAGUAAGCGUAGCCUUCUGUAGCAGGUGAAGAUAAUGAGUUUUUGAAACCUAGUACUGAGGUUCUGGGGAAGGUGUUCUCUUUUUGCUGUAAGAGGGGUAUGGAAUUACUGUUCUGAGGUUUUGCAGGGUUUUUCAUCUCCCAGAAAAAAAAAACCUCACUUAAUUGAACUAUGGUGAAAUGUUGUUUAUUUUUGUUUUGUUUUAUUUUAUCAUUUAAUAAAAUCCAAGUUAGGCAGAGAAGACCUCACACUUCAGAGAGAGGACAUUUCAGGAGAUUAAUAUAAUGUUUCAUGCAACCAGGUUAGGUAGUAAACAAAAAAAGCUGCACAAGCAGCACAGUGUAUUGAAUAUAGUUUGCUACAAAGCUAUCUGGGUGCAAAUACUACUGUAAUUGAAUACUAUCUACUAUGCUACCUCUUGCCUUAAAAAGGAUCUCUAAGUUCAAAUUAAUUCCUGUUCAAAACACCACAGUGAAAGAAGUAAGGUUUACCAUAUACAUAAUAUCUGCCGUAAAGUCAAGGAAAAGAAAGGUUAAACCAUGUAAUGAUAUACGUCUUCAGUUCCUCAACAUGCAUACAGCUGGCUAUUGCCACAAUUGUUGUAAGCCAUGUGCCAAGUUUGUAAGCUACAAUCUUGUUUCUGCCUUUCCUUUGGGGAUGUCAGUCUCUGCUCUCUAGUGACUUUUGUACAUGUCACAGAGGCAGCCUUUGUCCUACUAAACCCAUAGUUAAGUGUCUUCCUAACCAAAGCACUACCUAUUGACUUGGCAUAUCCAUGUAAAGGAUUUUUUUUCCCCUAAUCCAACUCAUUCCUAAAUUGCUAUGACUCGACAAGAAAAGAGCAUGCGCAGAGUUCUGAUUGCAAGUGAUAGAGACAAUGGAGUUGCCACCACCAGAGUAGAGAAUGGGAGGUUGCUUAAGUCUUCCAGGUAAAUAAGGAAGUUUAAAGGAAAACUGUGACUACAUGACAUUCACUGAGCUCAGAGAUGUGUCCUGCAAUCAAUAGAAAUGAAUGAACAUGUGUCUUCUGAUUUUUAUUAUGGCUGAAGAGGAAGAUUGUAAAACAUUACAAUUCAUUAUGAACCACUGAACAACCAUUAAGUCUAGAAACUCUAUUUCUGACUGAACACCCAGUUCCUUAAGUAUUGACUUGACAGGCACAUAAUAACAAACAUUUCAGCAGAGAGACAAGCACUAAUCUUAUGGAGAAAUAUGUAUUUUUUUUCUUUUAAAUAGGAUGUGACUUAUCCACAAGGUGUUUUGUGGUUGGGUAUUUGUGUUGGUUAUUUUGGAAGGGGGAAAGGAGGAGAGGGAAUAUAGAUUGAGCCACAAGUAGAGAUGUGAAAGGUUAAAUGAUUGAUCACUUAACCAAUAAGCCUAGUGGUAAGAAGUUAUUUUACCAGUUACUGUUUUGCAUGGGCCUUGACACAGUCCUGCAGGGAAGGCAAGCCAUGUGAUGCCUUAGCAGGAAUCAGAAGGUGGCAGGACAGGAAGGGGGUGGAGUGUGGGGGGGUAUAGUACCCAUAGCCUAUGAGGUUAAAGAAGAAAACAGUAGGCAGCCUAAUGACAAUUAAGCAAUUAGGUGCUUGCAGGUGUUCCCUCCCUCCCAGCAAAGGGCUUCACCUGAGCUGUGCAUCUCCUCCCCCUCAAGGGCCCUGGGAGUGGCUCCCAGCAGCAGCUGUGUUAUCAGUUAACCGUUUAACUGAUAUAAUCAGAAGUUAAAUGGAUAAUUUUUUUAAAUGAUAUUUACAUUCCUAGCCAGAAGGGUACAGAAAUAGCCUCAGGAUAAAUAUCUUAAAGGCCCCAUUCUUAAUACUAAUAACAGCUGUAUGCAAGAAAUGUCAUUGUUCACGGAUAAAGGCAAUUCCAUUGUGUACCGUAGGCAAAACAAAGUUGCUGAAAUGCUUCUCUAAGUGAAUCUUACUGCAUUAAUGACCAACUCCUCCACGGUUUUAGGUCUUAAUGUGUUUUGAUUAUAAUAAUAUUACUUAAGACCUUGAAUUGCUAGAAAUGAAAGAGAAUGGCAGGAAAUAACUAAUACAUUGGGAAUAAAUUGUGAAUUUGGCUGUUCCUUUCUCUACAGUCAAUUUAUUUGUUUCCUCUGUUUAUAUGGGUUUUAGCAAGAAACAUGGGAAUAACUUUUUCAGGUAAUGGGUUUGUACAAUUACAAAUAAACAGAAACUAAAUGA